AUGCAAAAACAAACGUCUUUGGGAUGCGGAUACGUUAAACUUCAUUUGUAUCGCAGUGGUUUUUUACCUAAUUACUAUGAGUGGAUGUAUCAUGGGGAAGGGUUUCCAGGAACUCAUGGAAGGCAGUCAAAUGAAUAUCGUGAAAUGGUUUUGGAUGCAUUUGGUCAGUCUCAAGAUCAAGGGAAUUCCGAAGAGGCGGUUGUUUCAUUAGAGGAGGAGCCUAAUGCACAAGCCAAGCUAUUUUUUGAUUUGUUAAGGGCUUCUGAACAACCGUUAUACGAAGGGAGUUCAUUGUCUGUGUUAGAGAUGCCUUCUAGAAUCACUAGCCUAAAGUGCAAGUAUAAUUUGCCGCACAGAUGUGUUGAUGGAUUUGCUUCUUUGGUUAAUGAAGCGAUUCCUAACAACAACCACAUGGCCGAGACAUUCUAUAAGGUCAAGAAAAUUGUUAAGGGGUUAGAGCUGCCCCAUGAAAAGAUUCAUGCAUGCCCGAAAGGAUGUAUGUUGUUUUGGAAAGAUGAUGCUCAAUUAUCUACAUGUAGGGUGUGUGGCAGCGACCGAUACAAGAAGACUUCUAAAGGUAGCUUAAUGCCUUUGAAUGUUCUAUUUUAUUUCCCUAUCACACCUAGGUUGCAAAGGCUUUUUGCAACUAAAAACAUUUCCGAGGAAAUAACAUGGCAUGCUAAAAAUCCUCGAGUUCAAGGCACAAUGGCACACCCUAGCGAUAGUGAAGCGUGGAAACACCUUGAUAGUUGCUUUCCCGAGUUUGCCUCUGAACCUUGUAAUGUUCGACUUGGCCUAUGUACGGAUGGAUUUGCUCCACAUGGUCAGUUUGGGGGACAAUAUUCUUGUUGGCCUGUCAUUUUGACCCCUUAUAACUUGCCUCCGUCAAUGUGUAUGAAAAUACAGUUCAUGUUUCUUUCGUUACUCAUUCCUGGUCCUAAAAACCCUAAGGGCAACUUGGAUGUUUACAUGCAACCGCUCAUACACGAGUUGAAACAGUUGUGGGAAGUUGGGGCAAAUACUUACGAUAUUUCGAGAAAACAGAAUUUCAAUCUUCGAGCAGCCAUCCUAUGGAUCGUUAGUGACUUCUCGGCUUAUGGUAUGUUAUCUGGUUGGACCACAGCCGGUAAGAAGGCUUGUCCAUAUUGCAUGGAGAAAAGAAAAGCAUUUUGGCUCGAACAUGGUGGUAAGGUUUCUUGGUUUGAUUUCCAUCGUCAAUUCCUUCCGAAAAAUCAUCCUUUUUAA